AACUCAAACAUGCAUUGACUUUCACUACACUAUUAUUACUAUAUUAUCAGUGAAUUUUGUUUACACAGAAUAUACGAUACGCUAAUUCAAUACCCAUACCUACCACAUAAUAUAAACAUACCUGUGCCUAAUUUGAUACCUGUUCAAUUAUUUAUUUAUUUUUUUAUAAAUAAACAUUUUAAAUGCCUUAUUAACUAAAUGAUAAUUUUGAUGUCAUAAUUAUAAUAUAAAAUAGAGGAUAAAUUUUAAUAGUGAGAUAUAUAUGAUAAUUAAAUGUUGUUUCAGACGGGCAAUGAAAAGAGGGAUCAAUUGGUUAAUAAUAAUAAUAAUGAUAAAAAUAUGAGUGAUGUCAACGAAAUGGAUGACAAUUUCGAUCAUUUUCUGCAAAUUCCGUGGAAUGACAUAAUAUUUCCAUAUAUUCUGAGAUACCUUUCCUGGAGAGACCUGUUUAGGUUGAGAUCUGUGUCAUCAGCGGCUCAACAGAUGGUCAGCGAGUAUUUCUCGUCGCUGUCGGUCAUCGACUUGACUCCAGUCAGACGUCGAUUCACUUCUCAUUGCUUUGACAUUAUAUCACGCGAUUGUCACUCAAUCCGUAUCUUAAAUUUGUCGGAUUGUAAGUGGAUAUCAUCGCCACAAUUGUAUGGUGUCAUCGCUAACAACGCCCAACUGGUUGUAGUUGACAUCAGCGGCUGUUAUGAACUGAACAAUGAUAUCUUGCAUAUGUUGGCCACAACUUGCAAGUCAUUGAAGACACUAAAACUAAAAGACUGUCAUUGGGUUAACGGCAAUGCCAUCAGAGAUAUUGGUCUGAACUGUACUUUUCUGGAAGACUUAAACCUUAGCAGUUGUUGGGAAGUGUCCGACGAGUCAGCCAUUGAUCUCAUCACUCAUUGUCCUAAUUUACGUCAACUUUCUCUGUCAAAAAUCUACGGUAUAACCGACCGAACCUUAUUUACGUUGGCAUCCAAUGCACCAAAUCUUGAAUAUCUUGAUGUCUCGGGCUGUUGGAGGAUCACUGACUAUGGCAUUAGAAAAGUUGGUGAAUAUUGCAAUGCAUUGUCUCAUCUUCAUGUCGGCGACUGUCGUGAUGUGACUGAUGAUAGUCUAUCGUAUCUGAAAGGGAAAGGCAUUUACAUAGACUCUCCUCGAAAUCACCGAACAAUUCAUCUCAACCCAUACCUCAACCAAUUGGCCAAAAUUAGACUUCAAGUCUAAAUUGAAGA